AUGUGUGAAGAAAAUGCUCUUCAAUGUAAACUAGCACAUUGGGUUUUAAUUAACUGUGUCCCUCUUAAUGUAGCUACUAAAUUACUUAAAAUUCUAAGUGAAUGUAAUCCAUCUGAUGUGAUUAAAAUUCCUAAAGAUGCGAGAACUCUUAUGAAAACCCCUCAAAUACCACUUGUGACAAGAGUUGUUGGUGACUUUGGAGAGUAUAUUCAUUUUGGCUUGGAGGACAGUUUGCAUAAAUCAUGGUUAAAAUAUAACGAUGGAUUGUUAAAAAAUGUAAAUAAUUGCAAUGUACUUAUUAAUUUUGAUGGGGUGCCAGUAAAUAAGGGAAAUUAUGGAUGUCUCUGGCCAAUAUCGUGCUGUGUUGUUCAAAUAAAAUCUGACUCUUUUAUUAUGGUAGUAAAGAACCUAACGAUACUAAUAGUUAUCUAA